CUCCAUUUGUCUCCGCCACGCCAGUUCUCAUUUUUCCACCAUUACCGCCGCGAUGGAACUGGAGAAAACGAAGAGGAACGAAGGCUUCCGUAAUUCUAAUUCGUCGAAAUAUCAAUACCUUAGAGACUUUUUGGCCGCUUCCUUCUGAACCUCAAAGUCCCAAAUGUGCCGAUGCCCCAGCUCCAGUGAUCUUCCCGCGAGCUCUUUGUCGAAGUUAGGAUCCAGAACAUGACUCUCAGAUUCCCGGGAGUCCAGCAGCUUAAGCAAAUGUACAGGUUACCUGUUCUUGUCCUUCUGACUACUCUGUAGAUCACCGGUGAACUCAGAACGCAAGCGCUUACCAAAUAUUGUCAAUGGGAGACUCAUUGAAUAGUUCCAGGUUAAGCUCUGAAGCAACGAGUGUCACCACUGCAAAAAAGGUGUCUAAAAGAAGUUUAGUGGCUUCUUGCCCUAAAGCUUCUUCUCCAAAUACUUUUAGCCGCAUAGCUCUGGGAAGCCAUGGUAUAUUUGCAAGAGGUGCAGUCGGCCACACCGCGUUGUUUUUACUCAAAGUUGCUGCUUUAGAGACGUUAAGAAGGUUCUCAAAGGCUAAAUGUCCAUUUGCAUGGCGUGGUCUUCAGACUUUACAAAUGCUAUGCUAUCCACCAUUUAAGUGGAUUCAAAGAUGGGCUCCGUUCAAGGGUUUGGUGGAAGGCAUGCAGGUACUGUCAAGGCCUAUUCUAGUCCUUUCAAUUGCAGCAGCUUUCUCUGAUGAAGCAGAGUGUAGCAGUGGAACCUCAGAUGAUGUCAGUGAUUCUCAUACACAUUCAGAAUUAGGUUCGGAGCUGUCCACUGUACAGUCUAAUAUGGAUACAAGUGUGAUACCCAGGACUUCUGAUGAAUCUCCUGAAAGUCUGGCAUCUGAAAACUGGUUGAUACAACUGCAUAACGAGCUGAAAAAUCAAGGGAUUUGUUUGCCAGAAAGAAUUAAUGAAGAUGAGCUCCAUAGAUUUUACACUGCUGCUAAUGGUGACUUUACAUGCUUGCUCUCGUCAAUUAAGAAGACAAUCCAUUGGAGAGAGACCUACAGAAUUCUUUCAGUACAAGAACUUGAGAUUUGGUCAGAUAUGAUUUUCUGGCAUGGAUUUGAUGUGAAGCACCGACCUUGCCUCAUCGUGCGGCUUGGACUCGCUACCGUCACCCUGUCCUCUCAUGACAAACCUCGCUUCGCUCAAGCAGUUAUAUCUCAGGUAGAGCACGGAGUCUUGCAUUUGGUUGAUGCAGAAGAUUCACAAAUAACAGUUUUGGUGGAUUGUGACGGGUUGUCUCCUUUGAAAGUUCCAAUGCAAAUGAUGAGAUCCUGUUCUUCCCUUCUGCAAGAUCACUUCCCAAACCGUCUUGGGUGUUUGUUUGUUAUAUGUCUUCCUCCAGUUGUUCGUGUUCUUGCUCAAACUUUUAUUCAGGUUCUGAAGCCCAUUACUCGAAAAAAGCUGAGGAUUGAAGGGGAGAUGUACAAGAAGGUACUCUCAGAGUACCUUGGAAUACUUCCAUCUUAUCUUGGUGGCAAGUGCUCAUGCACAAAAUGUUCAACCUUAAGCAUCUGUCUCGCACAGCAGCCUCCCAUGUAUAGGAUGAACAAUAUUGAGCCUGUUGCAGUUGUGAGCGAUGGUGAGGAUCUACCUCUACGCCACCCAGAGAAUGAAAUUGAUGCUCAUCUGAAUGGUAACUAUGACCAGGUUUUGAGAACUGCCAUGAUAAGCAUCCUCAUGUUGUGGGCUUUUAUUGCUGUUAUGGCUGGGUUAUGGGAUCCUGAAAGCCGUCCUUCUUUGCCUCAUUAAGAUAAGACUUCUAGCGUGAACCGGCCCUUUUCAUUUCUCUUUACAUGAGUUUUACUAUUAUUUAUGUUUGUGUAUGUGCGUCUGUGUGAAUUGAUAACACUUGCUAUUUGUAAGAUAUUGAUUGGCAUCCUAAAUCAUUAAGUAAUUUAAGUCUCGGGUGAAAUGGUAAUGUUUCUGUUAAA